AUGAUGCAUGUCAAAAAAGGCAACUGCGGAAAUGGCCCCAACAUGGUAUUGUUACCUGAAGAGCAGCUCCUGCACCACGUGGCAACACCAAAGGAGUUAGCGCAGCUCCGUCUGGCAGGCAAUGCAUAUGCUGCACGGCACGACUUCAGCAGGGCGAUUGACUGCUAUAGCUGCGCGCUACAGCUUAACCCGCCCGCUGGUGCCCACAUGCUGUAUAGCAACCGCAGCGCGAGCUACCUCCAGGUAGGUGACAUGGAGGCGGCACUGGAGGACGCUCAGCGAGCGGUAGAGCUAGCCCCUCCAGGCUUCCAUAAUGCUGCCAUUCGUCUGAUUGAUGCACUAUUUGCAUUGCGGCGGUUCGAAGAGGCAGCUGAGGCGUGCAGGGGGGCGGCGGAGCGGGACAGCUCCUUCAGGUUCCGAGAAGAAUAUCCGGUGAUUAAGGACUCUCUGAAGAGGUUGGGCCACGCGGUGUAA